AUGGAGGGUGCUACUUUCCCGCCAGAGAGAUCGCAAUCAAACGACCAGAAAUCCGAAGUAAUUUUAAUCAAUACUAUUACAACUGCAUCAGAACAGCUCUCGCUGAGAGAGAAUAUUUGUGAGGCUGAGGUGGCAGAUCUAAAAAGCUCGGAGGAUUGGGAGAUAGUCGGGUAUCUUAAUAGAAACCAAAUCGAUCAAAUCAACGGUAUGGGUCCAAAAUCGGAUCAAGAGACACUCAAAGCAUACAAAGAGAUAGAAUGGCCUAAUCUUUACUUCAAGACUUUUACUUGCUUUUCAGGGCUUCCGCUUGAGCUUAGACGUAAGAUCUGGUUCCUUGCUCUACCAGAGCCACGUCUAGUAAGUUUUGAGUUGUACCCAAAUUCCGGGGCAGGGCUGAAUCGAAGGCAAUAUCAAAAAUUCAUCAGUUUUGCCAUCAUGGAUUAUACUCCGACUACAGAGGACGCCAAAAACAAAGAAAUGAGCCUCGAUAUUCGUCCAUUCUUUUUGACAUGCCAUGAGCUCAAAGAUGUAUUCCUGGAACAUUACAAGAGCUUCGAUAUCCAUACCCAGAUAUCCGCUGAUGGUAAAUGUCUUUAUACGCCGCCCACGCUACCCACUUACUCGACUAUAUGUCAUGUGAGUAUGGAAAGUCCUCCGAGUCAAUGCUAUAUUGAUCCUAAAGCCGACUGUCUGAAACUUAACAACCUCGCAGAAUCAAUAGAGAUUCUUUCUAGCAUCGGCAUAACCUUGAAUUUCUCGGCUUUCCGACAUAUUGCAAUUGCUAAGUACUCAAAUCACGGCAAUGGGAGCCUUAUUUUGGAAUCAACCUGGAAGGCCAUUGAAGAUAACUUCCCUCAACUUGAAAGUGUCACUCUCAGCGGAAAUUAUGGUGGCGCCGCUGUAAACAAAUUGCCAAAGGGGAUGCAAACCCUUACUCGUUUUCACCCCCUGACCGGAGACACCAUGGGCGAGUUAUGCAGGCAAACGAUUUGCCAAGAUUCUCAUGGACUGGAGACCCCUAAUGCCUGGAUUGCCAAUGUUCAGCACAUGGACAUUAUCUCUACGACAGCCUACGUAACCAGGAAAAGCUUCCUCGAGCGAACAAUUAACAAUAGUACCUAUUGGAAGGGAGUUGAUUUCUCCAUAUCUUUAUGGAUGGAGCACACAUUGCAUCGUGCGAAAGAUUACAUUCAAUUGAAACCAAGAGAACCAAUCGAAGGAGAUCAAGACACUAUCUACUACACUCAAGCAGUCGGAAAAUUUGAUAUCGGGAGCGCAUACUUGAAGCGUUCGGGUGGAAUGUCGUUUAUGGACUGCUAUGCAGAUGGCACAUUGUUCAACUCUGAGGAGGCUAGGGAGAAGGGCCACGAAUUUGAUGAAACAGGUCAAGGUGUUGGAAGCAAGUAUUUGACGUGGCCAUGGAAUCGCCUGUCUUUAGGAGAAAAUGUUUCAUAUGACAAUUCUCGAUUCAAGAACCAUGUUUUUGGGGUCUGUAGAAGUUUCGCUUAG